AUGUGGUCGUUGCCAUUUCUUUCGAGAGACGCCAUAUAUGCUGCAUUGCUCUUUUUGUCAUCUGUCCAUGCGCAAAGUAUACCAGGAGCCUCGUUCCUCGCUGGUGGUGGAGCACCGGGCGCCGCGAAAUACCAGCUAGUAGACGACUACGAGCCGGGAAAUUUCUUUCAAAAGUUCAACUUCUACAGUUCUGACGACCCCACUCAAGGCUUCGUACAAUACGUCAACGCGAAUGUCGCCGAACAGAAUGGCCUGAUUACGACGCCGGACGGCACUGCUGUGAUAAGUGUUGAUAGUACAAAUGUAUACCCAAACGGAGGGCCCGGAAGACCAGCUGUCCGUCUGAUCAGCGACAACACCUAUACCCACGGCCUCUUCAUCAUCGACCUUGCCCACAUGCCAUGGGGAUGCGGGACAUGGCCAGCUUACUGGUUACUCGGCCCCAACUGGCCUAACAACGGAGAAAUUGACAUCAUUGAAGGCAUUCAUACAAGCAUCUCCAACGACAUUACUCUGCAUACAAGCCCAGGUUGUACAGUCAACGGCGCUGGUCAAACGGCAACGUACGAAAGUUGGGAUUGCAGCACAGGCUCCGCGACAGGAGGCUGUGGUACGACUAUCAAUGGAAGUCUGAUACCGAACAACUACGGUGACCCUUUCAACAAGAACGGUGGCGGUGUGUAUGCCACAGAGUGGACAUCUGCAUAUAUAAAGACAUGGUUCUUCCCAAGGGGAAGUAUACCUGCAAGCAUCAGUAACGGCGCACCUGACGUGACCGCAUUCGGCAAGCCUAGUGCGAACAUGGGCAGUGGUGGCGGAUAUAGCUGCAACAUCGAUGCGCAUUUCAACAACAUGAGCAUCAUUAUCAAUACUGAUUUUUGCGGAACUUGGGCUGGAGAGGCCUAUGGUCAGUGGCCAAACUGCCCACUCAACGCGACCAGAGGUGAUAAUGUGUGGGCCUCAUGUGUUGACUUUGUCGGCCUCAACCCCCAGAACUUUACGGACGCUUACUGGCAGAUCAAUUCGAUAAGAGUUUAUCAGAUG